CCGGUGUGCUUUCUCUCUCUCUCUCUCUCUCUCCUUUGCACGCGGUGCAGGAAGCCGGUAGGCCCGAGCAGCUCGUGCUGAAUAAUGCCGGGAAAACUCCGCAGUGAGUCCAGGUUAGGAUCAGACGCGGCCGAGGACAGCAUGGAGACGUUGUCGAAGACAAGCGAGAAGAAAACUAGAAAAGAGAAGCCAAAAUCUAAGACCAAAGAAGCAACAGAAGGAACAGAAGAAACCGUUUCCUCCAAAGCUAAAGCAGUUAAAAAGAAAGGGCCCUCUGAAGAAGAUGUGGAUCCCCCGAAGUCCAAGAAGGCCAAAAAGCAAGAGGAGGCACCUCAAGAUGAGACUGCUUCUAAAAGCAAAACCUCCAAGAAGAAAAAGGAGCCCCUUGAGAAGAAAGCGGCCUCUGCUAAAACCAAAGAACUAAGCCUGGAGGAGCCCUCUGAGGAGGAUGCGGAUGUUCCUAAGCCCAAGAAGAUGAAGAAAGGGAAGGAAGCAAAUGGAGACAUUGGAGAGAAAAGCCCCAAGCUCAAGAACGGAUUCUCUCAUUCGGAGUCGAACUCCAGUGAAGCCACGGGGGAAGAGAGUAGCAGUGAGACAGAGAAGGAAAUACCUGUGGAGCAGAAAGAAGGCGCUUUCUCUAAUUUUCCCAUAUCUGAGGAGACUGUCAAGCUUCUCAAAGCUCGUGGGGUGAACUUUCUGUUUCCUAUCCAAGCCAAGACAUUCCACCAUGUAUUCAGUGGGAAAGACUUGAUUGCCCAGGCACGGACGGGAACAGGGAAGACAUUCUCCUUUGCCAUCCCUUUGAUUGAGAAGCUUCAGAGUGGGCUACAAGACAGGAAGAGAGGCCGGGCCCCUCAGGUACUAGUUCUUGCACCUACAAGAGAACUAGCAAAUCAAGUGAGCAAAGACUUCAGUGACAUCACAAAGAAGCUGUCAGUGGCUUGUUUUUAUGGUGGAACUCCCUACGGUGGUCAGAUCGAACGAAUGCGGACUGGGAUUGAUAUCCUGGUUGGAACCCCAGGUCGUAUUAAAGACCACCUGCAGAAUGGAAAGCUAGAUCUCACCAAACUUAAACAUGUUGUUCUGGAUGAAGUUGACCAGAUGUUGGAUAUGGGGUUUGCUGAUCAAGUGGAAGAAAUUCUAUGUGUGGCAUACAAGAAAGAUUCUGAAGACAACCCCCAAACAUUGCUUUUCUCUGCAACCUGCCCUCACUGGGUGUUUAAUGUUGCUAAGAAAUACAUGAAAUCUACAUACGAACAGGUGGACCUGAUUGGUAAAAAGACUCAGAAAGCAGCCAUAACUGUGGAGCACCUGGCCAUCAAGUGUCACUGGAGUGAGAGGGCAGCGGUUAUUGGGGACGUGAUCCGAGUAUACAGUGGUCACCAAGGGCGCACCAUCAUCUUCUGUGAAACCAAGAGGGAAGCCCAGGAACUGUCCCAGAAUACAUGCAUAAAGCAGGAUGCCCAGUCGUUACAUGGCGACAUUCCACAGAAGCAAAGGGAGAUCACCCUGAAAGGUUUCCGAAAUGGCAGUUUUGGAGUUUUGGUUGCAACCAAUGUUGCUGCACGUGGGUUAGACAUCCCUGAGGUUGACCUGGUUGUUCAGAACUGUCCACCAAAGGAUGUGGAGUCCUACAUUCAUCGUUCGGGGCGGACGGGCCGAGCUGGGAGGACCGGGGUUUGCAUCUGCUUCUACCAGCACAAGGAAGAGUACCAGUUAGCUCAAGUGGAGCAGAAGGCGGGAAUUAAAUUUAAACGGAUAGGUGUUCCUUCUGCAACAGAAAUAAUCAAAGCCUCCAGCAAAGAUGCUAUCAGGCUUUUGGACUCUGUGCCUCCGACCGCCAUUGGCCACUUCAAGCAGUCGGCUGAGAAGCUGAUUGAGGAAAAAGGGGCUGUAGAGGCCCUGGCAGCCGCACUGGCCCACAUUUCCGGGGCCACAUCGGUCGACCAGCGCUCCUUGAUCAACUCCCAAGCGGGCUUUGUGACCAUGAUCCUUCGGUGCUCGAUUGAAAUGCCCAACAUUAGUUACGCUUGGAAAGAACUUAAGGAGCAGCUGGGCGAGGGCAUUGAUGCCAAAGUGAGGGGGAUGGUCUUCCUCAAAGGAAAACUGGGGGUUUGUUUUGAUGUCCGCACUGAAGCAGUCACGGAAAUACAGGAGAAGUGGCAUGACUCAAGACGCUGGCAGCUUGCUGUGGCCACGGAGCAGCCGGAGCUGGAAGGACCCCUGGAGGGAUACCGAGGUGGCAGGGGUCAGCGCGAUGGCAGCCGCGGAGCAUUCAGAGGACAGCGGGGUGGAAGCAGGAACUUCAGGGGACAGGGACAGCGAGGAGGAAGUAGAAACUUCAGAGGACAGCGGCCUGGAGGUGGUAACAAAAGUAACAGAUCCCCGAACAAAGGGCAGAAGCGGAGUUUUAGUAAAGCGUUUGGUCAGUGAGUGGAGGCUGGAAGGACUGUUCACCCUGGACUCCAGUGCCUCACCCCCACUGUCAGCGCCACCUCCUUCCUAUUUGAUCGUUUGCUCAGUCCCCGUUUUUUGCAGAGAGAUGGGCUACUGAACUGUUCAAUCUACCAUCGCCAACUCUCUUCAUUUUGAAAAGGGAUGGGAAUUCAGUUUAUCAUUUUCUAACACAGUGUCUAAUUUUACAAAAUGAAGCUAACCAUGGAUCGGUGUAUCCUUCCAUGUUGACCUUGCAAGUCCAUCUUUGUGUGCGUGCGUGCACUAGGGUCUGAACUCAGAACCUCACACAUGCUGAGCAUGCGCAUGCCCUACGACUAAACUCCAUCUCUAGUCCCUAAAAGUGUCUCUUACUCAUGUCCUCCAAAGAAAGUUCCUAAGGGGGCUGGAAAGAUGGCUCAGUGGUUAAGAGCACUGCUCUUCCAGAGGACCCGGGUUCAAUUCCCAGCACCCACGUGGCCGCUCACAACUGUCUGUGACUCCAGUUCCAGGGGACCCUACACCUGUGGCAAAACACCAAUACACAUAAAAUAAAAAAUAAAUUAGAAAAAAAAAAAAGAAGAAAGUCCCUAAGGGAUGCCUCAGUCUCUGGAGGACCACAUGAGUCAGGGAUUUUUUUCUUGCCUCUGAUACUUGGCCUCCUGACAAACAAUUGCUAGAGUCUCUGUGUGUCUGCUUUUCAAAGCCAUUUCAGACUUAGCUGACUGGAAUAGUUUGUGCCAGGCUCUGGGCGUGGAGGGGAGAAGUUAGUAUAGAUCUCUGCACAGUGUCUCCACAUACUCUUCAGUUUCUCAUUAGAAGGUGACUUGUGUUUCAGUGAAUGCUCCAGUGUAUAUAGAGGUUUCAUUUUCAUAGGAGCCAACGUCCCAAAUGUCUAAAGUCUCUGGAUUUUUUAUCAGUAAUAAGACGAGAUAGAUGGUAUUGAAGUGCUUGUGCCCUUCAUUUGGAAGAUUGAUUUACCAAGAAGUAAUUAAGGGAAGAGGGAGCUCAGUUGGUAUUGCUGAAGAAUGAUUCAGAAAAGCCACAAGAUGUUCUUCGUGGUCACAAGUGAGGAGCAAGAGGAGGCCUGCUGUGAAUGGUGACCACUGCACAGGUCGUAACUCUGCAAGGGACUGUCUCCUAGUGGUCCGUCUGGAGUUUUUAGGGGGCACAAUGGGACAAUCUUCUCAGUGGCUUAGAUCUUAAGCCACAGCAUAAGUUCUAAUUCUGUUAGGUUUCUUCUCCAUUGAGAAGUUAACACUGCCUAGAGAAUUUUAAGCCAAGCUACGCCAUUUGAAGUUGUUGCUUUGAGGGAACUGAAGAACUCGGUGUAGCGCCUGGCCCAGUAAUAACUGCUCGAGUUCUCAGGUUUUCUGUGUGUGUGUGUGUGGGGGGGGGAUUAUCCCACCUAGCACAGAUGCUCAACGGUGGGUCUUCUUGCCUUCCUAGGGAAUCUUAGAACAGGCUCAAAAGGAAAGCCAGAAUCACACACACUGUCCUGUUUUCUCCAAUUGUUAGAUCAACUAAGAUCUCCAGGCUCAUCCUCUGAUGUUAGUGUGGAUGCCACCACCUAACUGGUCUUAACCGGAACACGUGGCACCAAAGGGCUCUGGUCACCAAAUUAGCUCCAGACUCAGUUUUUCCCAUGAACUCUGACCCGAUGGUUCUUGUCCUCUGUGCUUGGAAUUCUUUAGAACUUCUUUCUUUGUUUGACUGCAGCUUAUAAUAAGUUUUGGUUUUGCCCAAUCACUGGGCAUGCUUUAGUGAAACAUUUCACUAUUACGAUAAGAAUUUGUGCCGUAUCAAGCUGAUGAAAGGAUAUGCUGGCUGUGCUUUCAGGAGUAGAAGGCUAAAAUCUUUUUAGACUAUGGAUUAGUCUAUAGAAAAAUGUCUGCCGUAAAUCAAACAGUGAGGGGAAGAUGAAUACGAAUCUCACUUACACAACUUAAGUAAAACAGCUCUCUGAACAGAUGAAGAUAGGUUUCUUCUGUGUCCCAGAAUCUAAUCAAUAUUUAUAUGUAUAAUUCAGCUAUUAGUUGGCUUAAAUGGGCUUAUUGGGAAAUGUUAUCUUUUUUACUAUUUUCUACAUAGAAAAUAUUUUCCAGUUUCAAUGGACUUUUGAAUUAUAACCCAUUUUUAUGUUCAAGCUGUCUGUGUAUUAUUUCUCCUGCAGUUGUACAUAAAAUGUUUUUACAUUCAAAUGAGUUACUGUAUAAAGUACUGCAUUAUGCCAUAAUAAAGAUACUAAUGCUUUAUAGUUUUGUUUUCUAAAAUGAAAA